AUGACUUCGUCUAACACUUUCAUCGUUGCAAUUGCCGGCGGUCCGGUUUCUGGAAAGAAGACGCUAUGCAAAGAGCUUGAACAAAGAUUACAACAUUUGAAUCACCCGGUGAAUUCGCAUACAAUUCAUAUGUCAUCUUUCCUUUUGCCGAACAACAAAAACAGGUUUGACUUGAACAGUUACGAUAUUAAGGCUUUAAAAUAUGUUUUGGAACAGGCAAAAAAUGGUGCGAACGUCUUGGAGCUGCCCAAUGGCGAGAAAAUCACACUUGAGGGCGAAAAAAACCGGUUCCUCCUUGUCGAAGGUUAUUAUUUAUUGGUUAAUGAGUUGUUGGACUGCUUUACCCUUAAGGUGUUCAUGUACGCAGACUCUGACACGCGUCUCCAGCGCUGCGUUAUCCAACGUGUUCACGAGCAACAUGAGGACCUUGAGACCGUGCUUCAGGAAUUUAUUCAAGCCGGAAAGCCUUGCUACGAACUUAUGAUGCAUCCUACACGUGAGAAUGCCGAUGUCAUCUUCCCGCAAAAGGAGAACAUAGACAACGCGAUCAAAUUUCUGUUCUGUUACAUCCAAGAUUUGCUGGACGAGUCUCUGAAAUCAGGGUUGGUGUCGGAGAACAAGGCCAUGUUUUCGGAGGAGAAUAGUGUCCAUCAUCAAUUUAUGAAAGAAGCCUUGAACAUGGCAGAGCUUGCCUUGAAGUGGAACGAAGUUCCUGGCAUCCAACAUGCCGAAUUAGUGGCAGUGGAAGAUAUUUUGAAAAGAUACCCUCCUUCUAUCUUUGAAGAGGUGACCUUAUACGUUACUGUGGAGCCAUGUCUCAUGUGCGCGGCCGCCCUAAAGCAAUUGCAUAUUAAGGAAGUUUAUUUUGGCUGUGGAAACGAUCGCUUUGGUGGUUGCGGAAGUGUAUUUUCCAUUAACAAAGAUCCUUCUGUCGAUCCUCCAUACCCCGUAUAUCCGGGAUUAUAUCGUGCGGAGGCAAUCAUGUUGAUGCGGCAGUUCUAUGUACAGGAGAAUACAAAGGCUCCUGUCCCAAAAACGAAGAAACAGCGCAUUCUUAAAUUGGAGAUUGACGAAUUUGACAGUAGUAAAUACGCAUAA